CUGGCUUUCCCUUUUUGUCUCGGCUUUCCCUCUCCGUCUCCAAAAUCUCUCCCCCAACUCCCAAAUACCCUCUACUGCACUCCACUUUUCUCUAAAUUACCAACAGGUCCUGCUCCGACCACCCACCCAAUUUCCCAAAUCCCCCACACCCACAAAUCUUCCCCUCAAUCAACAAUCUUCGCCACUCUCCGCCGCCACUCCUCAAUUUUCCGGCGCUAAAACCUCCCCCCCUCCUUGCCCUGAUGCUAUAGCUCCACCACCGCCGGGGCCAUCCACCGCCGGCGAAGCUUUCAUCGUCCCCCGGUUUCCUGGGGAUACUUCUCGGUCCGUGUGGAUUCUGAAAGUCCUUUUUCUGUUUCGGGUUUUGCCCCCGGAGCCUGUGGUAUUUGAAUCUUUUUUUAGGGUUUCUUUGUUUGUUGUACGUGUAUACGCCAUGCCUCCGGGUCGGAGACGGGGAGUAAAUAAAGCCAAGGCCAAUAGAGAGCUCAGCUUGGGAGAUCUUGUCCUCGCUAAGGUCAAGGGUUUUCCUCCUUGGCCAGCCAAGAUUAGCAGGCCCGAGGACUGGGAGAGAUCUCCUGACCCCAAGAAAUGUUUUGUCCAUUUCUUUGGAACGCUAGAAAUAGCUUUUGUAGCCCCUGGUGAUAUUCAGGCCUUCACUAUUGUGGAAAAGAACAAAUUAUCAGCUCGUUGCCAAGGUAAAACAACUCAGUUUGCUCAGGCUGUGAGGGAUAUAUGUGCAGCAUUUGAUGAAAAACAAAUUCAUAAAACUAGCGGUAUGAGAGUUGAUAUGGAUAGAUUGGAAACUGAAAGUGGUGCCCCCUGCGCUGAUCGGGUUGUGGAUAAUGAGUUAGAUGUUGACUUGAAGGAUGAAGUAGGUACUGCAGAAUCAAAUGAUGAUGCUGUAAAUGAAGGCAUAAGUGACUACAGCUCUAGACUGGAGCGUUGCUCACAAAAACGAGGUGAAACCAAUGCUGAAGAUAUCAAGCCUUCGGUAGAAUGCCAUCAGUCUGAUGAUUCAUCUUCAGGAAUUUCUUCAGACCAGAAAAACAGUAUAUUAGACAUUUCACCAAAGAAUGAAGCAGUUACAUCUGAUCCAGAUAAAGAUAUUACUCAAACAGAGAAGCCUGCUGAACUCCAGAAGACAGCUACGACCAAUGGUCAAAAUGUAAAAAAUGAAGUAAAAAACGAAGGUGCUAGCUCAAAGAAGAAACAAGAGGUUGCUGCGAAACAACACAAGAGCAAAGGCUAUGCUGGCACAGCAUCCAAGAACGAAACUUCUGAUAAUUGUCUUGAUCUCCCGGAAUCUAUUGUGGACUCAAAGGGUGGAAAGAAAGGAAAAUCCUCUGCUGGUAGAGGUUUGAAGGAACAUGGCCCUAGAGCUCUUAAACCAAAUUCUGAGUCUGGUCAUGGGAAAAAGACUAAAGACCUGCCAAAGGAUAAAAAACAUGUUAAGGAUAAAGAUAAUGUGGUAGACACCACCCGUAGUACUAAGGUGCAGGGCAGAAGUAAAGCUAGUGCUGGGAAGAUGCCACAAAUUGGACAAGGAAAAUCUGAUUUGGGAUCAAGUGAAAGUUUGCGUCCUGCCAAAAAGUUGAAGCGUGGAGACAUGGGGGAUGCCAGGGGAUCACUCAGCAACAGCAUAAAGAUUUCCUCUUCUCCUAAACCUGUUGUGGCUGAUGAAAAAGGGGUUAAAAAAUCUGAGUUGAAGAAGUCUACGCCCACUCUGAAACCAGAAAACAUUUUAAAAUCUAGUUACCAUUCAGAUUCUGUUAAUUCUGCAGCUGGUGAUGAAACUGUGUUGCCUCUAACAAAGCGACAUCGUCGAGCUCUCGAAGCUAUGUCUGAUUCUACAACCGCAGUGCAUGAUAGUCCGUUUUCACAGAAGUACGAUGCUUCAUGUUCUAGUAGUGAUAAACUCUUGGCAAACCAUUCCCACAGAAAAAGGAGAGCAGUUUGCAUUUUUGAUGAUGAUGAUGAAGAUCCCAAGACUCCUGUCCAUGGGUCUUCACGGAAUAUUGAUGCAACUUCAAAUGGUCCGGAUACUAGUAAGAGUAAUGAUGUGCAUAAUCAAAGUCCUCUUAAUUCUCCCAUGACUGUUAAUGGAUCAAGUGGAUCAGAGCAUGGCCAUAUUAAGAAAUCAACUAGCCCAUUGCAGAGUUUGUCCUCGCCUAAAAAAUCUCAAACUGAAGAAUUGAAGCAGGAAAAGUCAGAGGCUGUUAAUGCCUCUGAAAGUCCUUCAAAAUUAGGAUCUGAGCAGCUACCACCUAAGGAGGCAAAACCAAAUUUAAUUUCACCGAAAAAGUCUCCUUCGUUAUCUAUUGGCACUACAGCUUUGGAACAACCGAAAACUGUGAAACCUCUAAUCAAAGCCUCCAAUAUCAGCAUCCAAAAACAAUCACAGGGGGGUUCUGCCAAGUCCGUUGUUUUGACCGCAAAUUCCAGCUCUUCCCAGAAGCCAUCGAUCCUCCAAAAAAGUAGGUCACAUUCAUCUGGAGAGAAGUCUAAAACUACUCCGAAGUCGCGAGCCAGUGACUCUAAUACGAUCAUGGUAGGAAGUUCAAUGGAUCAUGAUGAUCUUCAUGGUGAAAGAAGCUUAGUGAGUGAAUUCAAGACCAUGGAGUCUGCCAUGUCCAUGAAGAAUCUAAUUGCAGCUGCUCAAGCUAAAAGAAGGGAAGCUCAUUCACAGAAUGUCCUUGGGAUUUUUAGUUCUGGUAUUUUAUCCUCUGAUGUCCGUGGUAGUCCUAGUCCUUCUCCAGUCCAGCCGCAUUUAUCUAGUACCACCCAUUUGAUGCUGGCAGACUUGAAGGGACCUUUUAAUCAAAAGGACGUGGCUUCUCCAUCAACUCAAGGACAUCAGUUGGCAUCACAAAAUCACACUGAUGUCGAAGAAAUAGAGGAGAAAAGAGUCAGCUCAGUACACCGAUCUGUUGGAGAUUCAUUGAGUGGUGGAACUGAGGCAGCUGUUGCACGUGAUGCUUUUGAAGGAAUGAUAGAGACUUUAUCUAGAACUAAAGAAAGCAUAGGGCGUGCAACUCGUUUGGCUAUUGAUUGUGCCAGAUAUGGCAUUGCAAAUGAGGUCGUGGAACUUCUCAUUCGAAAAUUGGAGAUUGAACCUAGUUUUCACCGCAAAGUGGAUCUCUUUUUUCUUGUGGAUUCUAUAACACAAUGCUCACAUACUCAGAGAGGUAUUGCAGGGGCUUCUUACAUUCCUACUGUUCAAGCAGCAUUGCCACGUCUUCUUGGAGCUGCUGCACCACCAGGUGCUGGAGCCCGUGAAAAUCGUCGGCAGUGUCACAAGGUUCUGCGUCUGUGGCUUGAGAGGAAAAUCUUACCUGAAUCUGUUCUUCGACGUUACAUGGAUGAAAUAGGAGUGUCAAAUGAUGAUUCAUCUAUUGGUUUCUCCCUCAGACGUCCAUCUCGUGCUGAGCGAGCUGUAGAUGAUCCAAUCAGAGAAAUGGAAGGCAUGCUUGUUGAUGAGUAUGGAAGCAAUGCAACAUUCCAACUGCCUGGGUUUUUAUCUUCACAUGUUUUUGAGGAUGAAGACGAGGACCUUCCUACCACCCCAUGUAAAGAAGCCAAUGAUGCAACAUUGACAGAAUCAAGACAUGCUGGAGAGGCAGAAGCAUGUGCAGUUACCCCAAGUGACCGGCGCCAUCGCAUCUUAGAGGAUGUGGACGGGGAACUUGAAAUGGAAGAUGUUUCUGGGCAUCCGAAGGAUGAUAAGUCGUUGAUAGGAGAUGGUUGUUUUGAAAUAGAUGCUGAACAUCGGUCUUCAGAUAGGGUAACAGAACCUGCUUCAAACACUUCUUCGGAGUUUCCCCCUCUGCCAGAAGGUUCUCCACCUUUGCCUCUUGAUUCUCCUCCUCCACCCCCACCCUUACCUUCUUCACCACCCCCACCUCCACCUCCAUCCUCACCAUCACCACCCCCACUACCACCUCCACCACUUCCAUCAUUGCCACCUCCUCCUCCUCUACCAUCUGCAUGCCCUCCACCACCACCACCUCCUCCAUUAAUUCCCCAACUGCCAGUACCUAGUCAGGCUCCGUUGCCAAACCAGCAGAUAUUAUCGCUUCAAUCAUCACAGCAGUCUUCAGCACAGCUUGCGUAUCAAGCUCCAAUACCCCGUGAAUACUGCAGCAUAUCAACUGGAAAUCAGCAUGUGCAAAUGACUGGAAAUACUUCUCAUGGGAGUCACUUGGAUGCUUCUGCUAAAAGUGAAAUAUAUGGACAGCAGCCACCUUCCUUUGUCCCAACUGCUGUCUGCAAUUCCAUAGAACCUUCUGGAUAUAAUUCUUCGAGGCAAUUGGAGUAUGGACAUAAUGAUAUAUAUCUGAAUACGCAAGUUUCUCAGCCAAACCAGCAAUUUCAGCAAGGUAACCCCAACUUCAUUCAAAGACAGAUGCAUACUGGCCCACCUCAAAACCCACCUAGUCAUUUCUCUUAUGCCAAGCCUUCAGUUCAGCAGCAUCCUCCUCAUCCGUACCACCAUCCAUAUUCUUCGCCAUCCCUUAUGGAUGGACGGAGGCCAUUUUUAGGUGAUGAACAAUGGAGAAUGCCUUCAAAUGAAUUCAAAACAGAAAAUCGUCAAGGUGUAUGGAUGAACGGUGGGAGAAAUUCAUCACAUCCAGGCCCACCAUUCAGCCAGGAAGGCUAUUUUCAACCACCUUAUGAACGACCGCCAAGUAAUAUUGGCUUUCAGCGUCCUGCUUCCAACAGUCUACCAGCUGGAGCUCCAAUUUCUGGUAAUGGCAUUCCCCAAAUAUUACCAUCUAGACAAGACAUUUCAACUCUUAAUUGUUGGCGGCCUGCAUAAGAAAUUUUAUUUCUUUACCAUUGCUGAAUGUGAAAUUGGAAGACAAAUUGAUUACUGUAAAGAAAGAUCAGCUUUGUGCAUAAAUUCUGUACAACUUGAAGGCGCUGUCGAGACUUUUGGAGGCUCUUGGCUGGACUGUGUAUAUAGUAGUCAUCCUGACAAACUUAAUCCAGAAACAUUUGCUCCCCAAGUGUAGGCCCAUGUUUCUGACCCGGUUUUGAUAGAAUUUUAAGAUAGAGAGAGAUGAGCAAUUUUUGAGAUUCUCAAUUUGUUUACUUACCCGGGAAAAGAAAAGAGAGUCGCAUUUAUCCAUGGAGAUAGCUCGCAGCUGGAAAGUUGAGAUAAAAGAAACUAUAUUUAACAUGGAUUUUUGUGCCAAGACGUGGCUGAUCCUUCCUUAUUAUGCAGACUCCCGUUGUAAAGGUAGUCCCCAGAUACUCACAAAGAAAAAUUUUCAGAUUUUAUGUAAUACAAUAUUUUCUAUUACCAUUGUACAUGAUAUCAUCAUCAUCCCUUUUCUCACCAUACAUCCUAAAGUAUUUUUCUAAAAUAAUUUCCUUGUGCUUUAAAAAUCAUGUGGUCUGAAAGUAGUUCAAUUAUGAGCUUUAUUUUACCCA